AUGGCUCCACUCGGCUUCGACGAGAGGACUUGCGGCUUCGAGGCUAAAGACGGAAGUAAGGUGUAUGUUCGUUGGGGCGAUGCCAAAACUGUGACGGGGUACCAGGUUUGCGAUCGAGGUGAUAUACUCGACGCCCUCUUGGGCUAUUGGAUUGCAAGUAAAUGUUCAGUAGGGUGGGUUGGUUUGUUUGCCAUCGUCAUCUUCUUCGACCCCCAACGACGAAAGAGCAGAAAGGCGAAAAAUGAUUUCACCGACGGGGCCAAAUGGCAAGCUGGAGCCGACUGUUGGUUGUUUGCCUUCCCGUCCUGGAUCCAGUAUCACAGCCGCAGGGAGAUAGGUACUACCAACUUGUACCCCCUUAAUUCGAGGUACAUGCAGAGAUCAUUGAUUGGGGUUGUGUUGCAGAACGGCGAGGCGGCGGCCGUGGAGAACCUGUGCCAGAUGAGCCCGCACGCCAAGUUGGAUCCCGAGCUGGCAGGCGCAGGCGAUGCCUUCUCACAAAUGGACUUCGCCGUGAAGAGACCACGGUGGGAUGGGAUGUAUAUGCGUGAGCGGCAGGUUGCGGGAAAUGGGUACAAGAAACGAAAGCUUGGGUGCGUUGGGCAACUUAACUUGACGCGAGACUUCCAUGGUAGCAACCCGUCUGUCACCGAUUCGGAUCUCCUCUUGCCCGUAAACGGCACUCGACCUACUCCGUACCUGAUGCAGGAGCAGGAACUCUUCGUAGAACAGCAACAGCUAGAAAUCCUGUGCGAUGUGGUAAUUUAUCCUGGGAAGGAAGGGAAGCGGGAGAAGUACAACGUACAACGUACCUGGACAGCACUGCGCGCCGACGACGCCGCCGCCGCCGCCGCCGCCGCCGCUACUGCCCCGGGGAUGGGGUUCAAUCUGUGCACGAAGUACGUUGUAUGGAGUAUGAGGAACUUUUUCAAGGUCGCAGCUCAAGUCAACGCCUCGUGUCUCAAACGGGGGUCGCCGAAGAUAAGUGAUGCACUCGUCGUCAAGGACUAUAAACUGAUCUUGUCCAAGCGAUCCGCAGCAACCCGGUAUGGUUUCUUCCGCGGCUUACUCGAAAUCGAGACCCAUGUGAGCGAUCAUCACCAACGGGAAAUGGGAAUGGGGAAAGGGGACGCAACGCAACGCAACGCAAUGUCACGGAGGAGUCCGCGCUACCUUAUUUCCCCGAAGCACAGACGAAGCAUUAACGGUCUCCUUGUCGAAGGUGAAGUGCCUUCAGCAGGGUGCCGGGGUAUCCCAGUCCAGUCGUGGUCCACUGAUGAAGUUCGAAGGAACGUGCGUGGCGGUAGGUGUCUAGCCAGCGUUCCUCCAUCGUCCUGCUGCGUGUGGAAGCACAUCCCGAGGAGACAAGAUGAGGAACUCGGUGUAACUGCAUCGAUGCUUCCACGAGUGGUUACCGAUGGGUGGUUAACCCAUUCUCUAUUCUCCACGAGUUUGGGUGAACAGCUUCUUCUGGCCUGGAGAAAUGGGGAGGUGGAUGGUCGCGACGCCAUUCCGUUCUUUGUGACACCCGAGCAAGGAGAGAGAUGCCGUCACGUCACCUUCACCUUGCCCCAAAUGCCCCAAAACGGCGCCCAAAUCCCAUGCCAAUCAAUCAUGGCACCCAUGCUAUUUUCUUCAUUUCUGCUCGGGGUCUCCUCGUGGCACGGCGAUGCGCAAGUUGCCCCAAAGACCGCCGAUUCGGCCAAGGGCGUUCAAGCCCGGGAACGAGAGGGAGGGGGGGGACCGGCUGAAUAUCUGAGGCAAUUAAUCGGAACGAAUCGGGUGGACAAAUUGGUGGGAGGGAAGAGGAAAGAUGAGAUGGGGCAUUGUCGCUUUGCGAUUCGUAGCUCUUCCCCCUUGGAAAGUCCACCCCUGAGAUCUGACAGCGAUGUCUACUUUUCUUCCGAGAACUUGGGGAAUACCAGAUCGGGUUACAAGUCGUUGAAACGUCAUCAUACGAUUCCGGAUACCUGGCCCGCCACCCACGUCUUGAGCAUGAGCUUCUCCUACUCUGUCUGCCCAGGUUCGAGCACGCCGUGCUGCCGAUGUCGAAUUGGGGGUAUGGUUACUGUUUUCGAACUGCCCACCUUUGACUUGGGCAACCAAGCCAGCUCUCUGCAUCCUUGGUUGGGGAGGGCCAAGAUGGAGUUGCAGGUCGAUGGAGAUAUCGACUUGUCUGCAGAUUCGGGUGCUGGAAAGUCCUCAGAGUGGCUAAGGGGCUUCCAAAGCAAGGGCAAGAAGAAUACCAACCAUCUCAGCUACCGACGUCUCGAACCACUUCAUGCGGCCAACAUGCGGCCGCAAUGCGCCGCCUUGUUCCUUGCCGACCCAGCUACCGAGCCUCCAGGCAGACUGUCUUGCAGCCCCGCGUCCUUCCUGAUGGCCGACGCCUUGCUGAGCCUCAGCUCCGCCAUCUUUGUCGUGCGAUACCGUGCUAAACUACUGUCGCACUCCGUUCAGGGAGUGUGGGAACCUGAUAUGAGCCGACACUCAGAGUCAAUAGGAACUAGAACCUCGUCAUGUGCGCUCGCUGGCCGCAUCUCUUCUUCAUCGCCGGUCCAUGCCGACCUAGACUCGAUAUCUGCCUGGUCCAACAAUGCGGAGGGGGCCUUCCGGGAGGGCCAUAUAGCGACAGGUUUGGCAGCGCACCAACGGCCGGUGCUGCACGAGAUUCUAUCUCGUAGCCGGUCGCGGACCGCCAUCGCCGCCCUUGCCGCGUUAAUGGCGGGGACGAUAUUUCCCCUUCUCGGCCAACCCUCCAACAGCUGCGCUCGUCAAGCGUCGCGAGGGGCCCAGGUUGCAUUGCUUGUCUUAGCAUCCGCGCUAUGA